AAAAACCUGGGUUCUGGGAGUUUAGAAUUUUUCCACACCAUCUAGCACAGGUAAUAAACAGGUAGUAUAUACAGGCAAGACACAGGUUUCUUGAUCCACUCACUGGACCAGUUUCAUCAUAAUGGUGCGUACAGUAGCAGUGAUCGGGGCAGGUCCCUCAGGUCUGACCAGCAUCAAGAGCUGUCUGGAUGAGGGUCUGGAGCCCACCUGCUUUGAGAGCAGUGAAGACAUCGGAGGGCUGUGGAGGUUUAAGGAGCAUCCAGACCCAGGCAGGGCCAACAUCUACCAGUCAGUCAUCAUCAACAGCUCCAAGGAAAUGAUGUCAUACAGCGACUUCCCUCCUCCAGCUCACCUGCCCAACAACAUGCACCACUCCCAGCUGCUGAUCUACCUACGACUUUACGCUGAGACCUUUGACCUCUUCAAGCACAUCGUCUUCCAGACCACUGUGGUGAGUGUGCGACAGAGGCCAGACUUCCCAGUGUCGGGCCAGUGGGAGGUGGAGACAGAGAGGACAGAAGGUCAGAGGGAGUCUCAGGUCUUUGAUGCUGUGAUGGUCUGCACCGGUCACUUUACACAACCACACCUGCCUCUCAAAGACUUCCCAGGUAUAGAGGAGUUUGAGGGCAGGUACUUACAUAGUUGGGAAUAUCGCAGUGCUGAGGGGCUGCAGGGGAAGAGGGUGGUGGUGGUCGGGAUCGGGAAUUCUGGAGGUGACAUCGCUGUGGAUGCCAGCAGAGUAGCGGAGCAGGUGUACCUCAGCACACGGAAGGGGGCAUGGGUGGUCAGCAGGGUGGGGGCAGGGGGCUUGCCAGGUGACCUGGUGGGCACUUCACGAUUGGACAAACUGCUGCAGAAGCUCUUCCCCUCCUGGAUUACCUGGAUGAUGGAGAAGAAUCUGAACCAGAGCUUUGACCACAGACUGUACGGCCUACAGCCAAAACACGGGUUCUUUGCCCAGAUCCCGGUGGUGAAUGAUGACCUGCCUGGUCGAAUCAUCUCUGGUCGUGUUCUGAUCAAACCUAACAUCAGGGAGAUCAGAGGCUCCAGUGUGGCAUUUGAGGACGGCAGUGUUGUGGACAAGGUGGAUGUUGUGGUGUUUGCCACCGGCUACAACUAUGACUUUCCCUUCCUGCCUUCGGGUCUGCUGGCUAAUAGCAGUCACCACCUGUCUCUGUACCGUAAUGUGUUCCCCCCUGGGCUUGCCCGGCCCAGUCUGGCUGUAGUGGGCUUCGUCUGUAACCUGGGAGCCAUCAACCCUCUGGCUGAGAUGCAGGCCCGCUGGGCCACCCGGGUCUUUAAAGGGUUACUAACUCUGCCCUCUGAAGAAGCCAUGCUGCAGGACAUAAAGAGAGACACCAGCACCUUGCAAAACAGGUUUGCCUGUUUGGAGCGUCACCCUCUCCAGGUGGACCAUAUCCCCUACCUGGACUCCAUGGCAGAGGAGUUAGGGGUUCGACCCAACCUCCUAGGGCUGCUGCUGAGGGAGCCUGGUGUGGGGCUUCGUGUGCUGCUGGGGCCCUGCACUCCGUACCAGUACCGUCUGAGAGGGCCAGGGCAGUGGGACGGGGCCCGCCAGGCUAUCCUCACCCAGUGGGAGCGAGUAGCCCAGCCAUUCAGGACCAGGAUGGCUGCACAACCAGAGAGCAGAACCAGAGCCUCCUGUAGUCUGAGACUGACAUUGACCCUGUCUGGCGCUGUUCUCCUACUAACCCUCUAUACUAGACACAGUCUCUCAUCACUCCUCUCACAUCCCACAGGCCUCCUCUAUAAGCUGUACAGUCCAUCUGAGACCAUGUGGGGGUGGAAAUGAACACUGGAUCUAUUGCAACCACUGUUGGCCACCAUUUUAUCUCCAGGUGAUCUCUUGUUAAACCAUCAAUACACGUUAACAUCACCCAUACAGCUGAUCUCAAUUGCUUCCAAAUUUGCCACUCCCAAAAAGCAGAGAUACGUGUGAGGUUGGCGUUAAGUUAGUCCUGUUUUCUCCCAACAUGUUCACACUCUGCAGGGUAUUAUCUUUGGUAGAAAUAAAACCUGGUAAUCGGCUGACUAAGGGGUGAUUUUAACUAUUUGAUAAUCAUUCAGUACAACUACAAUAGUAAUUUCUUGUUUAAGACCGCAAUUAUACUGUGGCAAUAUAGGUUAUAUGAAGGGGAAACUCAUGUUGGUGCACUCAUUACUUAUUAAUUUACAAAUGAUGUAAUUCAUGAAUUAUUACUUGUGUAAUUAAGUAUGGCUAAAAUAUCCCUACACUGUCCACAUCUAAAAUGUGUAACAAAAUCAAGCCAAUCAUGAUUGAGUUAAUAUAAUCUGUAUUAAAUUAUAGUCUAAUCAAGGUUUUUCAGAUGACACAAAUGAUAUUCUAGUUAUAUUGGUAUGUUUAUAUGAAUAUAUGAUACUUUAUUCUUUAGGUCUGUAAGAGUUAUUCAGUUCAUUCAAAUUACGUUUUUGUAAUUUUAGUGCUCACAUUUAUUUUUAUUGUGGUUAAUCAAAUUGUCUAAAAGCGCACAAAAUACACUGAAAACAAUCUAUUACAGCUAAAAACAACGAUGCGAUGUCAAAACCAGAUGAAAUUGAGGUUAAAGAAAGUGUGCUUUAUCAAUCUACCCGAUUUUGCUAACCGUUACUUUUGAAUAAAACAUCUUAAAUCACA